UUCACACCUGUGAGGCCCCUUCCUCCCCCCUUUCCACCGCUCCCCCUCCCCGUAUAAGUACAGAGGCACGACUGCCGGCUGCUCUUCCCCACUGUUCUUCACCGUCUCUCCGGCUCCCUCCAGACUCUACAGAGAGAACAGACGCCACACAACGCACAGACAAAGCAGCGGAGAGCUGGUCUGGUGGGCUCGAGGUGCAUUUGUUUCUUCCCUCGCUCUGCUUCCCCGGCGGAGGGAAUGGCUGCCAGCGUCGCCGAGCCGAGCUGCGAAGUCGACAAGUUGAGCUACGAGAUCUUCUCCAUCCUCGAGAGCAAGUUCCUCUUCGGUCUGACGGAAAAGGUCGCCGGGGAAACCCCGGCCGCAGGAGAACGGUUGGGGCGAGGAAAGGUCCGGGUCCUCUGCAUCGACGGCGGGAGCGGCCCGGGAGGCGUCGUCUCCGCCAAGGCCCUUGCAUACCUCGAAGCCGCGCUCCGGCGGAAAUCCGGCAACCCGGACGCCCGAAUCGCUGACUAUGUCGACGUCGCAGCGGGGUCGGGCAUCGGCGGCCUCCUAGCCUCAAUGCUCUUCACCCGGUCAGGCGACUCCAGCCGGCCGCUAUUCCACGCGGAGAACACGUGGAAGCUCCUCGUUGACAGCGGAAGAGAUCUCUUCCCUCGGCGUUCGGGGAUGUUCCGGCGACUUUGCAGCCGAUCGCCAGGUUCUCGGUUCGAUCGGGUGCUCAAGAAUCUCUUUGGAGAUUCCACGCUUCGGGACACGCUGAAGCCGGUACUCGUCCCCUGCUACGACCUCUCGAGCUCGGCGCCGUUCCUUUUCUCGCGUGCGGAUGCGAUGGAGACGGAUGGCUACAAUUUCAAGAUCCGAGACGUCUGCCGCGCAGCUGCGGCUGACCCGGCACUCGGGCGCCCGGUUGAGCUCCGGUCCUUGGACGGGCGGACGAGGUGUGUCGGCGUUGACGGUGGAAUCGUGAUGAACAACCCAACUGCUGCUGCAAUCACGCAUGUGAUUAACAACAAGCAGGAGUUCCCGUUCGUCGCCGGCGUGGAAGACCUAAUCGUCCUCUCUCUCGGUGCUGGAGACUCGACCUCCGACUACGAUACCUGCAGCCAAAAUCCGGCGCCCAGGGCCAGCCAGUUGAUCAAGAUAGCCGGAGAUGGAGUUUCCGAUCUGGUCGAUCAAGCUGUAUCAAUGGCGUUCGGCUUCAACAGAGCAACCAACUACGUCCGGGUCCAGCCAAACGGUCUCGGUGGCGCGAAACUCUCCGGCGACCCAGCGGCGACCCCGGCGAACAUGAAGAUGGUGGCCAGCCUAGCUGACGAGGUGCUGGCGCAGCGUAACGUGGAGUCGGUGCUCUUCAGGGGGAGGAAGGUGACAGAGAGGACCAACGCCGAGGCGCUCGAGUGGUUCGCGGACGAGCUGGUCAAAGAGCAAGAGAGACGCCGCUCCAGGGCCUUCCCCACCGUCGUCCUCAAGCAGCACUCUCCCAGGACGUCCUCCGCCACUUCUCGCUGAUCUGAUCGGCGAUGGCGACCAUGGCCCCCUUCCCUUCUUUUUCUUUUUCUUGAUUCCUAUUGUCCUGCUGCGACUUCAGAAAAAAUUCAGGCUGCCAUCGUUUGAGGGAAAAAAAAAAAGAAGGUGCGAUGGCGCUUUCGUGAUUCUUCACGCUGUUAAGGGCUUUAUUUUUGCACUGAUUAUAGUGUUCGCUUGAGACGGAUCCGGUUUUCAUCUCCCGGGUAAAGCCGUAUUGUAAUAUGCUUGUAAAUUGUAUGUAUUUAAGAAGACUAAGUGCAAGUAAUUUUUA